AUGUGCCUGGCGGACGUCCCGCCGGAGGUGGGCGGCCCCGUGCGGGCCCUGCUGCAGAAGACCUCGCUGAAGGAGUACCUGCACCGGCGGCCGCCGAGCCACGUGGUGACACUGGACGUGAACACCACCGUGGGCGAAGCCCUGAACCAGCUGGCCACCUACAACAUCCUGAGCGCGCCGCUGUUUGACAAGUCCACGGGCGCCUACCUGGGCUUCCUGGAUCGCAAGGAUCUCCUGAGUUACGUGCUGCAGAACGUGGACGUGCGGAAGAUUUCCCAGGAGGAGCUGGCGUACAGGCUGCGCACGGCGGGCGCGCGCAUGGCGAAGCUGAAGCUCAGCAACGUGCAGGUGGGAGACGACGGGGAGAUGAUCCACCGGGCCAACGUGCGCCACACGCUGCUGGAGGUCAUGCGGUACUGCAUGGCCGGCGGAAAGGGGCGGGAGACGCACAGGAUGGCGGUGUUCGACCUGGAGGAGGAGGGGGCCGCGGGGGACGGCGGUGGGGGGCAGCCCUUGGAGGAGUGUGAGGGCGGCGGCGGGGGUGAAGCCGAGGGCCAGGAUCAGAACUGGGCCGAAGACGAGGACCUGGAGCUGGGGGAUGCCAGCCCGCGGCUGCGGCUGCACGUGACCAGCAUCGUCAGCCAGUCGGACAUCAUCAGGUUUCUGCACAAGCACAAGGACCAGUGCGGGCUGGUGAUGGCGAUGCCGGUGCACGCGCUGGGGCUGGCCGCCAAGCAGGUGGUGUGCGUGCCGUGCGACAUGCCGGCGAUCAACGCCUUCGCCACGAUGGACGCGUGCGAGGUGUCCAGCGUGGGGAUUGUGGACCAGAGGAACGGGGGCUGCCUGGUGGCCAACCUGAGCGCGUCCGACCUGCGGGGGCUGGAGCCGCACCACUUCGGCGCGCUCAGCCUGCCGGUGUUUCAGUUCAUGCAGCUCAGGCGGACGAGGGAGGGCUGGCCGUCCAAGGCGGCGGCCGGCAAGGCCGGCUGGGGCCUGAAGGACGAGUGGGGGCUGAAGGGUGCGGAAAGGCGCGGGGUGAGGAAACAGCUGGUGGCCGUGAGGCCGCUGGAGCCGCUGUUCGCCGCGGUGGAUGCCAUAGUGACUAACAAAGUCCACAGAGUGUAUGUGGUGGAUGACGAUUCGCAUCCGCUCUCCAUCAUCACAAUCUCGGACAUUUUUAACCUCUUUCGGCCUUGA